ACCCCCCCAUUUCCCAGGGCUUGUUGGAGAAUCCAGGUAAUCCAUCGGGUAGGGGAAGCGGUGGCUCCGCUGCCCUUUUGGGGAGUUUUUCGGGGCGUCAUUUGGAGGAAGACCCUGCAUCUAUGUCCCAAAAUCAGAAGGAGUUGGCAGGCCUGGGUCGGCUUGAAUACUUGCAAGCCUUAGUUACUGAAUUCCAAGUGACAGAUAACUCAGGUGCCAAAGAGCAAGUGUUGGCUAAUCUGGCCAAUUUUGCUUAUGACCCCCAAAAUUAUGAAUAUCUGCGGCAGCUCAGGGUCUUGGAUCUGUUUCUGGACAUGCUGACUGAGGACAAUGACAGUCUUGUGGAAUUUGCACUUGGAGGACUGUGUAAUCUCUGCCUGGACAAAAUCAACAAAGACUAUAUACUAGAGGCGGGUGGGGUGUCAGCUGUUGUCAACUGUCUGGCCAGUGCCAACGAAGAGACUGUCCUGUCUGCAGUUACAACUCUAAUGUACUUGUCUACAGCUCAGUCUCGCCAAGAGAUCACCGCCCUCCCUGUGAUUGAGUGCAUGCUGCGCUUCUCCCUCUCAACCAACAGAAGGCUGAAAAACCUGGCCACUAUUUUCCUUGAGGACUAUUGCAGUCCCCUUCAGGUGGAGGAGGCCAGGAGCCUCACCAGGAACACAGCCGUCGGAAUUCCACUGCCCAGGAUGGAGGCAGCCCAGGAGGCAGCCAGCGAGAUCCUCCCUGAAUGAGGAGCAGGAUUCUUUC